UCAUAAUAAAAACUUUUAGGCCAAAAAAUAGAAGUUUAUUAAAUAAAAUGCAAUUAAUUAUGCAAUUCAAACACCUGGAUCUCUAAUAUAAAGUUUUUUGAAAUAUAUAGCCUUUUCCCCCAACAUCUUUUCCUAGAAACAUUCAGUUAAAAAAAAAUAUUGUGCAUUGCCCAGCUUAGAUCCGCUUUCAAAAUGAUACCUGAAAGAAACAGUUUAUAUUCGUCCGACGAGCGACACGGACGCAAUAAUAAAGUGCAACAAAUACGCGACGGUAACAUUUGAGUGAAGUCGUGAAAAGUGGUGGUAGUAAAUUGAUGAAAAUUAUGCUCUCCCACUUCUAUUGAAAAAAAUUGAAUAUAAAUGAAAUUAGAAAACAUAUUAAGCAAAUGAAAAGUGGGAAAUUCGCAGUGCAAAGUGCAGUAGAAAGUGUGCAAUUGCCAAUUGAGUUUGUGGUUGUACAAGAAAAAAUCACAAAUCGGUGAGAAAGGCGAAGGAGUGAAAGAAAAGUGUACGCAAAACAAGAAUUUUUUGUGUACUCCACAAGCGAGCGCGAGCGUACGAAGCAGCGGCGAAGAAGUCUGCCAUCGCGCCGUCACAGAAAAUCAAAGUGAAAAAGGAAAACGAGCGAAAAAUAGUGAAGUAGGAAGGAAAAUCCUUAAACAAAAAUCAGGAAAAUUUGUAUUUUGAGCGAAAAAACACAAUAGUGUAAAAUUUACGUUUUUGCAUGUGUCAAUGUGUGUGUGUAUGUUGUAGGUAUAUAUGCAUGUAUUUAUGUGAAAAUUUCGAAAAGUGAAAAGUGCAUGCAUUGCAUUGCAUUCCAAUGUGCCAGCUAAGUACAACAACAACAAAUACAACCGACCAACCAACCAAAAAUUUGUGCAGUUGUAUAAAGAGUGGUGCUUUAAGUGUUGGGCAAAAAAAGUAGCCGUUGAAGUGGUAAGCAUACAAACAAGCGCUAAAGUAAAGCUCAUGGCAUGAAAAAUUUUAAUAUUAAAUAAAAUAUUCACAAAAUUGAGAGAGAGAUAAAAGGAAUACAAAAAAAAAAUAGAAAAGAAGAAAUAGCGUUUGGGGUUUUGUCUGCACUGCUUCAGUUCAGCUACACUCAUAUAAGUGUAUCCGUUUGUGAAUGUGUAUGUGUUUGUGUGCGUGAACGGAUUAUUGGAUUAUUACCUGUUUCGCUUCUUCUGUCAGUGCUGUUUGCAGCGACAGCGAAACUCGUCGACGUCGACGCCAACGACAACGGCUACGUCGCCGUACACCGUCAUUUGGCCAGCACAGCGACCUGACAUUUUUUCGGCUUUGCUUUACGGAUUAUUCGUCGCCGCUUGCCGCAACCAUAGUUGGUUCAUACCACCGAUUUGCCCACAAAAUAUGCAGCAGAAGCACCAGCAUCGCCAGCUUCAUCAACAUUAAAGCAUUAAUGGCAAUUUCUUGGCAUUAAUUUUUAACGUUACGGCAGAGCAAGCAAUAAGAGCACCACGACCACUAUUACCAGCAACAACAACAACCAUAACGAGAAGGUAAAUAACGAAAGAAAAAGCAACUACAGUAGGAAAGUAUACAUUCAGUUUACUGCUUGCUUGCACACUGCACUCCGACGACGCUUACGCACACGGCAGUUUUGCUACGCCGGCCGCGCUUUGGAAUGUUGUACGAGUACAUAUUUGCCCCGUAUUUUGUUGUUGGCAGUGACAAGCCGACAUGCAACUGACUCGACUGAAGUGACUUUGGUUGGCCAACAGCAUACAGCAUACUUGUGCAGUCGUUUUGUUUGUGUGUGUGUGUGUGUGUGCAUUGCUGCAUGCAAACAAACGUGAAGUAGAAGUGAGCCGGAAGGCAGCGCACAAGCAGAGAGUGUCGUUUUAUCAGCGUGAAUAAAUUUCAAAAGAAAUUUUUAUCAACGUGCUACAAGUAACAACAAAAACAAAUACAAAUAAAAAUGAAAAUAAAAAUGAAGUUGAAAAUAAAAGUGAAAUAAAAAGUGUGCAGCAAGUAGCUGGAGCUGGAGAUGAAGAACGAAACGAGGCUAACAAAUCGAAUCGAUACGAGUAGGCAAAUUUGUUGAAUUUUUUUUUUUUUUUUCUGUGAUUGUAUGCAUCUUUCUUUGUAUGCGCUUGUGUGUGUAACAGCCAAAGAAAAGCCAAACUCACCUACACAUGCAUGCAUACGUACAUAUUUGUUUAUAUGUAUGGCCAAAUGCAAACAGACAAAUGUCUACAACUGUAAAUACGCUUAUGAGAGCAGUGCAAUUGAGCUGAGUGCGGCAAGAAGGAGUUGAGAAAUAUUGAGUCAUAAAAAGUAUCAUAAAAAUGGAAAAGAGGCAGCGGGCAAAUGUAGAGUGAAAAUAAAUGCAACCAGAAAUAAGGGCUUGCGUAAACAAAAUAGAAGAAAUAGAAAUUGAAAGUAAACUGAUACAAAAAGAAAAAUAAGCAAAAAUAUAAAUGAAGAAGUCAAAAGUGCAUAAAGUAAGGUAUGAAGUAGUCGCAAUACGCUUGAGAAAUUGAAACUAAACUAAAACAUAAAAAUAGUAGAAAUAAACAAUAAAAUAAUAAAAAAAGUAAAAAGAAAAACGAAAUGUGCUGAGUGAUAAAUUCCUCCCCCCUGCAAAUACGUUAAUAAACGACGAUUUGUUUAACAUUUGUAGCGCGGAGUAAUAUUUGCUACGCUCGCUCGCCAUUAUUGACAACUGUAACGAAGACGCGGCGCGGCGCGGCGGUACGCCUGUCACGAUAGACAGUCACGCGGCGGCAGUGUCACAUUGACGCAGACGGCACAGCGCAAGAAGACAGCACUGUGGUGUUGUGCGACGAGACAGUCAGCCAGUUUGUCAGUAAGGCAGUCAAUCAAUGCAAGUGGGAGCCGUGCGCGGCAGACAAUCAAUCGGGCUUUUAGUGCAACACAAACGCUUGCGCAGUGCAUCGCACAGGCAGGCAGGCAGUCAAGCAGUGAGUUUGUCACGUAUUGAAGACAUUCAUAUAUGCACACAUACAUAUAUACAUAUAUACAUGUGUAUAUUUGCAACGCUCACAACCCGGUGCACAGACUGAACCCAAGGCGAGCUGAGUGAAUUUGUAAACAUACAAUAAAUUUCUAUAUAAACUGUCUACUGACAACUGAAAAGUGAAUGAAAGAUACAAAUCGCGCACAUCAACAUCAGCGCAGUGGUGAAUUGACAGUUUUACGAGGGGUGCAUGCGUCUGCAGAGAAGUGCACAUUGCAACGGUUAAAAGUGUGUGGUAUUGUAUUGAUGAGGCGCAGCUGUAUUGUGGCAAGCAAAGUAUGGGAAGCGGCCUACAAUAAUUGUGAGUGUAAAUAAAUAAAGCCGCCGACGCACUUGAAGCGCCUAACAAGCCGAAGCUAACGAGUGAACGUACAAACCUAACAAAAAAACACAAAAAACAAAUCCACAAAAAAAAAGCCAAAACUGCCACGCCCAUACGCCCACCCGCAGACUUAACAAUACAAGUAUUGUUGAACGUUAGCCUCGGUCAUACCACCCGCUGUUACAGCAGCGCACCACAGAGGCGCGCGCCCGGUUCGGUGUUUGGAAACUUUGCUGCCAACACUACAACAACAAGCGUAAAUAAAUGUAAUAAAAAAGUGAAAAUAUGCAAGUUAGUUUGUAAACAAAAAAAAACAGAAACAAAAACACAAAAAUUAAAUUAAUUUUAAUUGUGCUCUCGCGUACUGAACGAUGACAUGCUAUCAACAUUUUACUCAACAGCACAACAACAACAGCAACCACAGCCGGAGCUAUCUAACACAAACUACGGAAACUUUGAGCAUAGAAAGCAAUACGCGCAGUUCAGCAACCACAACAACAACAGUACAACAACAACAUCAGCGUUCUUGUUGUUGUUUCACCACUUGAGCAACAUAAAUCCAAUGGAAAAUGAUGUUCCACACUAGCAGCAGCAGCGGCAGCAGCUACAAAAGCAAAAACUAUUGCAGAAGCAAACACAACGGUAACGUACUCAGCGGCGUCGACCAGAGUUUGCUGAGCGCAGUGGCCACCACCAUUGCCGCGGCGCAUGUAUCGGCAACCUCCGUGUUGACGCCAAAGCAACGCAGCAGCAGUUAUAAGAAAUAUCGGCGCGCGAAACCGCUAGACGAUAGCAGCUGCGCAAGCACACACAACUUGGGCAACAACACCAACAACUGCAACAACAGCGGGAGUGAAAGUUCUAUUACCACAUUUUUGCCCACAACCGCAAGCACAGCAUUGGUAGCAGGACCGCCCAGUGUAAGUGCGCCCACUCCAGCACGCGGCGAAAGCGCGCAAUUGCAUAGUCAAUGGCGCCGUGGCUCUGCGUCGCCUAUCACUUGGUGGUCUGCUUUAUCGUCGUCGUCGUCGUCAUCGUCGUCCACGCCAACAUUACGAUGGGCACUCGUCUCUGCGGCAUUGGCCACCCUUUUUAGAGCUUGUGGCGCACUCAGCUUGUCGCUAUGCGUUCUAUUGCUAUUGCGACUAGCACCCGCUGUCAGCGGCCUUGCGGUGGGCGUGGAUACCACAAAUGCGAAUAUCACGGAUUUGGGUAGUCCUGGUGGGUAUUCGAGAGGGCAUUAUAUUAUUUAAAAGUAUUUGUUAUAUGAAAUUUGCAGCAAAAUGAUGCUUUCUUUAAUUCAAGAUUUUUGCCAAAACUUCUGCUGCUGUUGCCUGCUUGUAAGAAUGAAUUGAAUUUCUACAGCUUAGUAAUUGUGUUAACGUCCAUUGAAAAAAAAGUUUAACAGCAUUUCUGAGUAAUAGAAAUAGACAUUAGCGGCUUAGGUUUGCCUACAAUUUUUUAAGGGCUGGACGUUCUGAAAAUUUUUCUCCAUGACUGCCGGCAAAGCUUGGAGCUGAAUGUUAAAAAUGCAGUGUACUUUUAUUAAUUCAAUAAUUCGAACACUUUUCGCCAGUCGGCUGUGGGAUUGAUGAAAUCAAAGUAAUCUGAAAGUUUGGGUUGUAUGUAAAAACUUUUCCCAAUCUGACAGAAAAAAAAAUCAAUAUAAAUUUUCUGGUCGCGGCAGUAUACAAAAAAAAAACACUAAAACCAAUUUAACUACUAAAACUACUACAAUCUUGCGCUACCAAAACUUAAUUAUACAAUUUUUUUUCCUUUGAAUAACUUUUUUAAUAAAUAAAAAAUAUUAUUUUCAGUGUUGAAAAUCUCUAUUUUUAACUUUUACGCGCUCCAUUGCUUGUCUGUUUGUAUGACGUAUGAUUGACGCACAACGCCCUUUGUAAAAAUUUAGAGUCUUCUAAUAGGGUGAUUAAUUUUGCACCACCUUGUAUUUUUACCAUCAAAAGGUCUGCUGAAAAUUUCAGGUAAAAGAAAUCUGAAUCUGCAUUUUUGUUCACAAAAUAUGGGGUGCGCUUUGGUGCAAAAACCAUCAUCCCUCAAUUGGACACCUUUUUUAAAACUUUCAAUCUGUUUGAAGAUCCUUUUUAAAAGGUUAUAAUCGAUAGAAAUUUAAAUUUUAAGAAAUUACGUGGAAGCUCCAGUUGUUAGGUGUAAUAGAAUUACAGUAAAUUCACGUCCAAAGUCGAAAGUCUGGCCAAAUUAAAAACAGUGAGAAAUUAGUUUUCUAUAUACAACUUAGACUUUCAGAAAAAUUCGGUUUCAUCUAUUCGACUGAAACACAUUCUACCUGUAAGGUAAAGUCUCAAGCAGUGAUAAUGGGGAGCUAGGCUCUUUAGGCAGGACCGCGAUAAAUAUAGCGAUUCCAUGUCAAGUUAUCCAAGUAUUUUUGACAUUAUUGGUUUAUCUUUAAGUUUGAAUAUA